UUUUGACUUUUUACAUACACACACACACACACACACACUUAAUACUUAAACAGUCAAACAAAUAAAAUUAGUUUUCCGUCGGUCGAUAUAUACACGGUUUACCGCCUAUUACAGGUGUGAAUUGGACGAAACGACGACGACCGACGACUCCGCGUCCGCCGUCGUGCGAGCAUAAUCCGUUCGGCGGCCGUCCCGCGGGAUAGCGAACGAUCGACGACGACGACGACAGCGGAAACGACAAAGCUCGUCGUUAUCGUGGCGGUGGCGAUCCGAAAUUGUGACGACCAGAGAAGUCUAGGCGACCCGGACGACAGCGGGAGCAGAAUCGGUGACUGCGACGAGGACGACGACGACGACGAAAUCGCCGCCGGAGUAAUCGUCGUCCGGUCGAGUCGGUUGUUAUGAUGUCCGUGCGACCGUCGUCGUCGUCGUUGUCGCUUUGUGCCGAGUCGCAGUCCCGGCGGUGUCGCCGUCAGUCCCGUCAUUGCGGCCGUCUGUCGCCAUCAUCGUUGUCCCAGUUCGUCGUGUUCGAGGCGCCUUUGCCGCUGGGCGGGGAAACCGCGAUGCCCAUAUAGCCCCGUGACCUAUGUUGCCUGCAGUGUUGUUGUAGUGUCGCUGCACCGCACGUUCUGCCCCGCAAAGAUGGGGAAUCCAACACGUUUUAUGGUUUCAUGGGAUGAUCAUUCUACGCAUUUAGUCGCACGUCUGGGAUAUCUUUUGGAACGUCAACAGUUGGUUGAUGUAACUUUGAUGUGUAAUACACACAGUCUCAAAGUACAUAGAUCAGUUCUCGCAGCUUGCAGCCCAUACUUUGAGCGUGAAUUGGGUAAUCAUCCCAUGAUUGUUCUAAAAGAUAUGAAAUUUAGUGUACUCAAAUCAUUAAUUGAGUUCAUGUAUUGUGGUGAAACAAAUGUUACAGAAGAUAAUUUACAUGCUCUUGUGGAAGCAGCAAAAUUUUUUGAGGUUAAAGGAUUAUCAUCAUUAGCUCAUGAAAGCUUACAAGAUUCUAAGUCUAUAAAACCACCUUCCCUUGUUUGUACUACAACAGCUCAAACUCGAAUUUGUCAAGUUUCAUCUUCACCAAUUCCAGUUUCAACUAUUGCAACUAAAGUUACAGAAAACGGAAAUUAUCCUUCAUCCGUUUCUGUUAUUGCACGUCUUGGCCAAAAUAAUAAUACUAACGAAAGGCGGCCGUGUGCUGGUAGGGGUCGGCCUAAAGCUCAUCUUCAGAGCCCAUGUUGUGAACCAUUGGUAAGCAAACCAGCUCCUAUUACUCCACCACAGACAGAAUCGGCCCAAAUACUACUGUCACUUGCAGGAUCUAACCAAUCAUACAUAUCACCUUCAAAACACAGAACCAAUGAUAGUAGUAUGGUGACCAUAAAUCAUGAAUUUCCCAUGAGUAACGGUCUAGACAAUAACAAUCCCAAGUUCAGUGAUGAUUUAGACCUAAAGUAUAAGCGUAGUAGGAAAAGGCCUGCAGAUUCAUUAGAUGAGAAUAGAUAUGAUGUGAAAAAGUCAAUGCCUAAUGAUAUAAAGACAGAUGAAGAUGUCAAUCGGUCACCUUUAUUAGCUAGUUUACUAACCAAAAAUGAUAAGUCUGAUGACAAAAUUAAAGCACCAAAACCACAAGAAACACAAACUCAGAAUUCUGAAAGAUAUAUAAAUGCAUUAAAAGGAGCUGGUCUUCCAACUGAUAUCCCAAUAUUAAUUGAGAAUGGUGAUGGUAACUACAUCACAUUAACUGAGAAUGUGUAUGAUAUAUUAGCUAAAGAAGAUGCUCUUCAUUUCCAACUUACUGACAAUAUGAAUCUUGCUAAUCUCAAACAACCAGAAGAUAUGGUUAGUAACAUGCAGGAUAUAGAACAGUCUAAUAUACCAAUAAUAGACACCAACAUAGAAGAUCCAAUAUUGAGGAAUAUUAAAAGUCAUAUGCCACCAGACAAUCCAGACGAUGUUGUUCUUUAUAAAGUGGCUGAUGAUGGAAACAUUGAAAAGUAUGUUUUGACCACAGAAGACAUAAAAGCAUUCAAAGAGUCUAUGGAUUCUAAUCCCGAAAGAAAAAAGGAUUCACCACGAYUAAGUGUUUCUGAAAUAAAUGUGCCGAUUGAAAAUAAAUCAUUGCCAUUGAUAACUAAAAUUUUAGAUUGUGGUAACGAAAAGUUUUCAGAGGCUCUAUUAGGCAGGCUACCUCUCAGAAAAAGAGKAACAUUCAAAUUAAAUAGCUCUAGUUCUGAUACUGAUAUGUUGCAACAAAUGAAYGUUUGUUCGCAGUCUGUUGGUAAUGUAGAAACUGACGUUGAGUAUGUUGUUGUGGGUGAAGACAGUGUACAAAUGGACAUAAUGGGUUCUACUAGUAUUAGCAAUAAAAAUGAAACAUUAAAAAACAGCACUUCUAUAAAAAUUGAGGAUGUGGCGGAAGAAGAAAUGAGUGUUCUAGAAGCAAUGAUGAAUAAUACUAUUGAAUUUUCUACUGAAGAUGGUGACUAUCAGAUGCAUAGUAGUGAAGAGGUUUUUUCAAAUGAUCAAAACGACAAUGAGAAAAUGAUACUGUCUAAUGUCCUCAUGUGUACGGGCGCAGAAAAUUCCAAUUCUCAUGUUGGCCUCGACCAUUUUGGAUUUAAAACUGACGAUGUGGAUGUCCGUAAUGGUGACUGUAAUCAGCAAAAAAAAUCCAAAUUGUAUGUAGACUUGGAUAUGCCGGGAAAUGAUUUUAUAUCUGAACCUGUUACUGAGGAAGUAGUACUCUCGAGCGAAUUAAAUCCGAGCUCCUGAAUUUAUUUAUAUAAAGAUAACUUCCUAGUUAUACUUUGAAUAUAGAAUUGUGUAUAUUUGUAAAAAUUGGGCUGUACAAUAUUACUCCUAACAUUGAUAUCUGUCAUUGAACUUGGCGAAAUCAACGCAUGCCUAUGUAUAUACUAUACAUAAUCUCAUAUGUAUAUAUAUAUAUAAAUAUAUACAUAUCUGUGUAUAUAUCAUAAAUAUAUAUUUCCUUAUAGUUCUGACUUAUAUACUAGUUUAUUUGUUUUGUUUAGUGUUAAUAUUAAAAAAAUGUAUUAUUCUCUAAUUUGGUGAUAUUUAAAUAUGUGAACAAAUAGAAACAAAUAUUGCUUAACUUGGCUCUUUGAAAAUAGAAUGAGUGUUUAAUUUGAAUUUUUAAACAAAAAUUGGUAUUAUUUUAUUAUUUAAAAAUUAUUGUUAUGCUUUGGUUGGUAUUCACAAUUGUUUAAAAAAAAUUUGUUCACCCUGUGCCAUUUGUUAAGCCGUCAAUUAUGAAAGUUCACAUGUUUUCAGCUUCAUAAAUGAACAGAAAAUUAAAAUCCGUAAUAAAGAUCAUGUGUUUAUAUAGUUUUAUUAUACAUUUUUUUUUUCAAUUUUAAU